CGAGAGUACAGGACAAUUUCUCUCGUUCGUGAGGGAAAAAGCGGGUAGAUCGAUAGGCCAGCUGGUGGUGCGUGUUCGCGGCCGUUUUCGCAGCCAGUCAGUGUGACCCGCGCGGGGUGCGGCCCCCAGGAUGGUGAAGGCACCGAGCGUGGCACCCACCGGUACUCCGGCGGGUGUCAGGAGGAUUCAUCCCGGCCCCGAGAUCGCUAUGAACCCGAGGAAUCUGCCCACGGCCUCCGCGAGCAUGCCGCCUGCUAUGCGGGGAGAUGCCAACGCUGUCGGCAGAACGACACCCGUUUAUCAUCCCCAGGUGGACGUCUCGACGCAGGUAGACCUCCACAGCGGCUUCGGCGGUCCCGGCGUCAUGGACUCGUGGGAUCGUCGCGCGACGCCGUUGUACUCGCGCGAGGACAUCAAGGAGCAGUACUGCAUCACCAGCCGGCAGCUGGACGCCGUUGAGAAGUCCGGCGGCGGUUUCUUCGGAUGCCUGUCCACGAGGGGACCGUCGCCGUGCAGCUCCACCAGGAACUCCAUCCUGUCGGCGUGCGUGCGUAGCGUCCCGAGCGACGAGAACCUCUGCGACGCGCCCUAUCCCCGAAGACCCCUUCAGAUCAUGUACCGUCAGCCUUAUCCGACCUAUUCUCGCGGUCUGUCGCGGUACGACCUUGAAGAGGAGGCGGACUGGAUCGAGAGUUCCUACUUUAGACGGCGCCCAAGAUCGUUUUGCACCGUGCCCGAUCCGAAGAGAUACACUUGGGUGCCGGAGGACGAGGAAUCCAUGAAGUUGGAAGGUCCGCGGCCAGUGUUACCACCGAUACCUCCUCCACCCGCUUCCGUGACAACGAUGCAAAUAACGCAAGCUCCGAAGGCGAAACACGUGAGCUUCGCGAGAUCGCACACGCUCACGUCGUUCGAAGUCCCGAGGAACAUAAGCCCGCCGAGGCCACAUAAUCCGGAACGACUUAUAGACUCGCAGCCGACUAUGCAGAAUGUGAUACUGCCAUCGUCCUUGCCCUUAACGCAUCCUUAUCCUGGCGUUGAGCCACGUGUUCUUGUACUCGAGAAACCACCCAAACGCGGUGCCAUGAAGACUCAGGCGACGCAGACCGAGCUUCCGCCGAUGUUCCGCGGUCGUAUACUUCCGGUGACUCUCAGUCCCAGAACCAUCCAUCGUGUCAAGAUGGUUUCGCAGGGUGCUCAAACGAACGGUGUUUUCAACGGUAGAAAAUUGACCAAAAGUUACUCGGAAGCUGGACAAUUAGGGACGCCUCUUGGUAGCCAGGGUGCGCCGGCGAAAGAAGAAAGUGAGCACGAGCCGCUUCACAGGACUCAAAGUGAAGAGCCACCGAGGUCACCUUUUCUUAUUUCAACAACACCACCGCCAAUUCCUUCUGUCACCACUGUCGUUGUUGAAGAGACCUUGCCAAAUGGAGAUAUCGCGCUUGUUCCUAUUGGCAUUUGUCAUCAACAUCAUCGUAAAUCUCUCGAUAUAGACGAUCAGGAGAUUUUUAUAAAUUUCAAACCGGCGCCGGUGUCGCCAGACGCUCGGGCGCUUCUCAGCCGGAUCUCUGAGCCCACCCGUCGAUUCCUUCCUCUCCAGAAGACCUUCUCCGAUGGGGAAAUCCGUGUCGAGAGACGCGAGCUCAUUGGCGAAAGUAGCGAGCCGAGUUAUCCUCACACGUGCAGAAGGAAUCAGCAGGAUCCUUGGGGCAGAACUGUCAGAGCACCCGUCCAAUUUUCCUCGACACCCGAGGAUCUGUCCUUAUUACGAAGUCUCUCGCCUCCCGAGGAUAAUCACGAAGAGGAGUUCCAUGAAAAUCUAAUACGCCGCGGUCUCUUCCGGAAAAGAAGCGUAUCCCUUGAGGAUGGUGUACAAGGUUUGUCGUCAGACGACUUUAUGCUUCCUAGGUCACUUCCGACCUCACCUACGUCGCCAACCGCAGCAGCAACAACGCGAAGAAUCUCGCAAACCCCGAAGGACGAUUCGUUGCCCACCUGCGCCUUACUACACACCGCGGUCUAUCCGCCCACUUAUAGUACCGGGACCGGCAUCACCGGUGCCAACAUCAUCGGCCAGGUGACUUCACCGUUCGCCUCGAGUGACUCUUUAACGAAUGACGUGACCAGGGACCACAGCGACGGAAUAUGGAACGAGUCGCAGGCGACGGUUCUCCAAGCUGACUCGUUAGCUCUCCUGACGCCAUCCUCGAGGAGGCGACAUCUCCUGCUUUUGCAACAUCAGCAACGUUCCUCGAUGGACACCGAGGCUCUGGACGUGGAAGACGAGCUGGAGCCUUGCCCGCCGAGUCCGAGAAUACGUCUGGAACCGGCCACUCCGGUGCAACCUCUCACACCAAGACGUUCUUACAGAAUACAAGAUCUGUUACCAGUACAGUUUCAACAAAUUUACUACAAUGAUGUAUCCACAGCACAUUUUUAUGCGUACGAUAUUAUCGAAUCGUCUAUUUCUAACGGCCGACCGAGAAGUGGAUUACGCCGCGCGAGUCCAUGUCCGCCGUUGUCGCAGCCGCAGUCGCAGUCGUCGAGCGAGUUUGGUCUGAGCCUGGCGAGGACCGACUCGGGCGGACGCACAAACACCGACAUCUCCGAGACCUCCGAGGAUUACGUCACUGCCAAUACUUCUACGGAAACUGGGACCACUACAGGCACGUCCGCCACGACCAGUUCCUGGUCGCGGCCACCGCAGACGUCCAGCGCCGCGGCGUCGGCGCCCGCUUCGACCACCGCGACCGCCGCGGAGGGCAGCUCCUUCGAAAGCGCGAGCUCGAUUUACAGCCUGGCGAGGAGCGAGGCCGUUAUCGAAGAACCGUGUAGUCCGCCGCCAAUUUUAGAGGAAAUUCCAUUUGGAUUAGAACUACCUCCACCGACAAUGAGGUCUAGCAGCAGCAGUAGUUCAGGUAGCUACGAUCUAAAAGACGCGAUGGUGGAUCCGAAUAACGAUUUAGAGCAAGUCGCUCCACGCAGCGGGCAUACCUCAGAAACUGAAUUAGAUCGAGAUAUUUAUUGCUUCACUUCGAAGGAGGGUCAUCGAUCGUCGUCCGGAGGUUACGCCGAGUCGCCGCCUGACGUUCGUAUGUGGAGCGAAGAGGAACGCCGUCGAAAGAAGAAAACCUUCAGCUUGGACUUCCUCGGCGCGACGUCGAGCAACGUCGAACUGGAGCACGCCGCGGAGCCGGCGUAUCCGGAGAACGUCGAGGUCAGCCCGACGCCUAGCCAUCGUCACCGGUCGCGCAGCAAGCCAACGUUAACUCGGAGUCCUCAUCGAAAUAACAAAAAACGGGACGCCGUGCAACAGCCGGCGCAGCAGCAACAGCAACAAACGCUCAGAAGUCCGCAGAAGGAGGAAUGGAGGCUCGAGCAGACCGAGGACGGUCCGCACGCACUGACGUCCGACGAUUCGAGCUGCAGUCAUCAUUACCACAUGCACCAUCAUCACCAUCAUCACGCGCAUCGGGAGGGUGCGGAGAGCGGGAGGGUGCAUCGUCGGAUCAGGGAGAGUCCGAGAAGAAAGACCACCGGUUAUAUUUCCACGAGAAGACGCAGCACGACAGAGGAUAAGAACGCGGCGAUAACGGGCAGUUUACCGCGAAGGAAGUCCCGCGUCGCGGACGACAUAGUUUGCUCCAGUCGCCUGAGUCCUGGCCGUUAUCAGCGCAGUCCAGGGCAUAACGGUCAGCGAGCGCUCGUCAUAGAUGCACAAAGCCCGGAGGCGAGACUGAAAGCCAUGUCGGCGGAAUCGUUGAGGUCCGCCAGCCCGGGCAGCGACAGUGUCUUUUACAGCGAGAGCGCCGAUCAGGCCUGCAUCUCCAUCGCCGCUUUGGACGCCGCGCACUGUCACCAUUGUGGCAGAGAGGUGUCGGAAGAGAUCGUUCGACCACCGGCAGGUUUUGCGGACUCCCCAGAGGGACACAGAACAACUUCCAAGCACGUUACAGGACAUCGGUUGUACAAGAAGUUCGACAAGCGGUACAGAUCGGAAGAUCGAGGAGACCGUAGGCAUCGUCGCAGCAGCGCCGGUAGAUCGGAUAUUCGAGCCAAAUCGGAGGAAAGAGCCACCCAUCAACCCGGAAGCAGAGGUUCAAUCGACGACACGGGCAGGAGAAAGUUGCAAGCUCGAAGCACCGAUGCCAGUUUGGAAAUUCUUACAGGAAGAGAAGACGAGGAUACUUACGUGGAACCGUACUUAAGUAGCGAAUGGAUUUAUAUCGGAGAUCUCGAGGAGAGUCUCGUAUGGAAAAGACCUGACAGCAGAGAUGGUGACGACCUCGAGGAGAGCGUCCAUAAGAAGCGACGGGAUUCUCAAGAAUCUACGGAGAGCGAAAAGAAUUUUAAGAAGAGGUACGAGGUGGCCACGCAUAGAAUGGUACAUCGAAAGAGCAGCGGUGAAAUGUACAAGAGGAUACAAACGAAUCGUUUAAAAAGCGACAAGAGGGUAGUUGUGAAACGCGAAGCUGGCGGCGAGUUUGGAUUCCGCAUUCAUAGCUCGAAGCCGGUGGUGGUUUCCGCGAUCGAGCCAGACACGCCCGCGGAGAAUUCCGGCCUGGAGAUUGGCGACAUCAUCAUGUCGGUGUGCGGCAUGAACGUUCUGGACUUUACGCACUCGGAGAUCGUGAAACUGGCGCACACCGGCCCGGAUGUUCUGGAAUUAGAAGUCGCGAGAACGUGCAACGUGCUGGCGCCGCGUCUUGCUGAAAAGAAGGAGAGCACUGAAGAGGCACCACUCUGCUCGGGGUACUUGUGGAGGAAAUCCACGUCGAGCAUGGAAAAGUGGGUUCGACGAUGGUUCGCUCUACGCCGCGAUAACUGCCUGUAUUGCUAUAAGACUGACUCGGAUUCGCAACCGGUGGGAGCGGUGAUGCUCCUCAAGUACGAUGUGGAGCAGACGCCUGAAUUGAGAGUGCACGGUUUUGCGAUAAAGAAAAAGGGUGCUCCAACGUUACGGCUGGCGGCCGAUACCGAGGAAGCGGCAAAUCGAUGGAUUACGGUUAUACGCGAAGCUGUUGAGAGGAACAAUCAGAUUGACACUUGGUUGGACUCUUCGCUAAAAAUGAGAGAGAUGGCUGCAUGGACUAUUCCGAGGCCAGAUUGUUUCGGGUAUUUGUACAAACAGCAGGAUCACGCGCGGAAAACGUGCUCGCCCACCGGCUGGUCCAAACGAUAUUGCGUGCUGAAGGACGCCGCGCUAUAUUUCUACGAUGACGCCAACGCCGAGAAAGCGUUUGGCGUGGCGUGUCUGCACGGCUUCAGGGUGUGCAGCGCACCGCGGACUUCCGGCGGCAGGAAGCAUGCUUUUGAUUUGCAACCACCGGAUCCCACGCAGAGGAGCUAUGUCUUCGCUAGCGACUCAGAGAUGGAUAAGAAACGGUGGGUAGCCGCCCUCGAAUAUUCGAUUGAUCGAUGGAUAAAAAUAGGUUGAUGCGACAUAAUCCGCCCUACGACGAAUCCAACGAGUCGCAGUAGCGAAGAUCGUCCAAGGAAAUCCUCGUCCGUAUCCGUUUCCGGUUCCUAACACGUUGUGGAUUAUCCGCGACGAUCGCCGUUGUUACCUCGACGAUCACCACGCACACACACGCUCGUGGAUGUUUGCCAAGAUUCUUUCAUUUCAACAACAUUAUUACGUAUCUCAUCGUCAUGAUCAUCAUUGUAACUGCUGAUUAACAGUGACGUUACGUUAAAUUGUUCAAAUAAAAGUUAACGCUAAAACAAAAUAAGUGUAACUUGUGUUCCAUUUAGUGCGAUUGCCGUCGUUCACCGUGUCAUCGGAAUUGUUUAUCAGCAGUAAUGCAAUUCCAUCGAAGACCGUUUAAGUAGAAAGAUCGAUAUAAUCUUGAUGAGUUCAAUGCCAAUGGUGGAAAAGAAAUAUACUAGAUAUUUUAUGUCGGAUAUAUUUGCGUUCCUUUGUCACGAAUGAACACGGAGACCUCCGUGUUUCUGCACGAAAUCGGAACUCAUCAAAAUUAUCAUAUGAUUCGAAUUUCAGGAAUUCAAAUUUUUAGAUCACAUCGCACGUCAAGCUUUCCCAUUGAUCUCCUGUCCAUUGCACAUCCCAUUAUCAGUACAAUACUUUAAUUUUUUGAAUAUUUGAAUUUUAAUCAAAACGCGGUAGUAAAAUAAUGAAUGUUAACGAAACGAAAUCUUUGAAAGAAUUUUAAAUAUUAUAUUCUAAUAUAAUCGAUUCGCGGAGCGAUCUCUCUCGAAUAUAUCUCACAAGAAAAACGAAGACUCUCCGAGGGUUGUUGUCGCUGAAAUUCUAUACGCACAUAAAGAUAACUUUACGAGGAGAGUAUCUUUCGAGAAACGGGCGACAGAGCUCGUCGGAUCGAUUAACGGCGAAAAAAAAGCGAGGUAAUACGUUUUCGCCAGCCGCGUAAGACGCGUACGUGCAUGCGUAGCGGUAGUUACGCGUACGCGGCAUACCAUUGUGCAUAAUGGAAUUGCCAUUAACUAUAUAUACAUAUAUCGCUAUUCUUACCAACGCCAAUAUUUAUAACAAACGAAAAAAAAAAAAACACGGGGCUCGCCCUCGCGAAAACGAGAGGAACGAAAGGAUCGCGUGUGUGCGGGCGUGUCCCGAUUGUGUGUGAACACGGGCAAUUAUCUGUGCGAUAGAAACAGAAAAUCGAAGAUAUUGCGCGAUACCUGUCGAAAAUCGCGCGCGUAUUCUCGCGUGUAUAGGUAGUAGGAAAGUGUGCGAGGAGACCGGCGUGUAUACAUUUUAACGAGAAGAUAACCCUACGCUGGCACAUCAGGUUCAGACCGAUCCUGUUCGCUCUUACCGGUGUAUACUGGGUGUCUCUGAAUUAUCGGCACGCAUUUUAUGGAUAGAGAUCAGAUUAAUAAAAGAUUAUUGUUAUAUUCAGUUAUAUAUAUAUUUUGCAAUGACAUGAAAAUAUCGAGAAAAUUUUAUCUAUUUUGAAUAAGUCUUAUUUUGAAGGAAUUUUGAACAAAAAUUGAACCAAAAUAGAAAUGUUAAUUUUAUUUCAUGUUAGAAAUUUGGAAAUAUGCGAAAUAAUCUCUUAAUCUUUUUUAAAAAGUCGACUGCAAAUUUAAUCGAAUCAUUAAAACAUGUGCCGACGAUUUAGGGACAUUAACAUUUAAAAUCGUAACAUUUUUAAAAAACUUCUCAUUUUUUAACUUUCUUCGAAAUAACAUAGUACACAUACAAAAUUAUACGAACCCGGUUCCUUUUUUAAACAUGUUUUUAUUAGCGUGUAUUGUGUUUUAUUCGUGUAUUGACGAAGAAAAAUAUUGAAAAGAAGUUAACGUAAAAUGGCAGCGGGAUGACGGUGCGGGAUUCUCAAUGUGUCAAUUCCGCGUGUGCGAGAAAGGGAACGGUAGACGUAGGUUUAAGCGGGCGGGACGGAGCGCGCGCUAUCGUCGCGACGGUGUGGCGCUGAAUUUAAUAGCGUCUUCGAUGAGCGCGACCGCCGCAAACACGAAGAGGCAGCGAAGAGAAAAACAGGAAGAAGAUCCAGGCGCGAGGAACAAGGCACACCGUCGUUACGGAGUACAUUGUUUCACGGUCGGCGGCGUCGACCGGGGUGUGUUAGAGACCGACACGUUCAAAAUGAAAGCUUGUAUAAAUCGAAAGGGGAGCCUGGUCAACCGCUCAAAAUUUCAGAUAAUAAAAUGGAAAAUUUAAUACAA